AUGGAUGAUUUAGCUGCAAUGGAUGCCAGAAUCUAAAUGGUUAAUGAUGAUAAUACAUUUCUUAGAAAAUAGUUGUAGGGUAAAAACGAGUAAUUUCUUCAAUAAGUAAUAAUAAUAUUAAAAGUGUUUUUAAUGAUUUAGAAAAACAAAACCUUGAAGAAAGAGUUCGAUUAGUGA